GAUGUGAGAAGAAGAGCAGGAGCUCAUAAAGUAGACAGUGACCAGUGUGUGAGGAGUCUAUCAGUGCAGACAAGGACAGUGUGAUGUUCCCUGUUGUGUUUGGUGAUGGUGUGUUUGGAUGGAGGGUGGAGAAAAUGGAGGCUGUGCAGCUGGAUAGCAAGCAAUUGGGUGUGUUUUACACUGGAGACUCGUACAUCAUCCUGAACAAACACCAUGAGGGGGCUGAACUACACAUGUGGAUAGGGGAGGAGUCAUCACGGGAUGAGCAGUGUGCUUGUGCCAUGUUGGCCACUCAGCUGGACCAGUUCCUUGGGAGGGAUGUUGUCCAGCACAGACAGGAGCAGGGAUAUGAGACAGAAGAGUUCAUGAAGCUCUUCCCCAAAGGAGUGAGCUAUAAGAGGGGGGGUGUUGAGUCAGGGUUUAGGCGGGUGCAGACGGAGUGUGUGCCAGUGCGACACCUUUAUCAGGUUAAAGGAAAAAGAAAUAUACGUGUGAGAGAGGUGGAAAUGAACUGGAGGAGCUUCAACACUGGAGACUGUUUCAUCCUGGAUCUGGGACAGCUCAUCAUCUCUUGGAGUGGCUGUAAGUCGAGUGUGUUUGAAAGACAGAAGGUUCAUCAGAUUGCCACUUUAAUCAGAGACACAGAGAGAAAUGGCAAAGCUCACAUCCAUGAUGUCACCCAGGGGGAGGAACCAUUGGAGAUGGUCCAGGUUCUUGGAACAAUACCAACAAUUAAAGACUCAUUUGAGGACGACGGUGAGGCAGACAGGACAAACACCACCUCUAUCUACAAGGUGUCUGAUGCAUCAGGCUGCAUGUCCAUCACACAGCUGUGUGAAAAAGCACCAUUUGAUCAGAAACUUCUGCAUAGAGACGACUGUUUUAUCCUUGAUAAUGGAGCCAAUGGCAAGAUCUUCAUCUGGAAGGGUGGAGGAGCCAAUGUGGAAAAAAAGAGGUUGGCCCUGCAGUUAGCAGAUGAGUUUAUUGUGAGGAUGGGUUACUGCAGAACCACAACUCAGGUGGAGAUUUUUCCUCAAGGUCGUGAGUCUGUUCUUUUCAAACAAUUCUUCAAAAGCUGGGGUUAAAAACAACACACACACACACACACGGGCGCACACACACACUCACACCUGCACACAGUCACACACACACACACACACACACACACACAGCCCCAC